AUGGAAUCUGACCACUAUACUAUUCAAUUUAGAAAGCCAGCAAAAAGAAGUGAGCUUACCUUAGAACAGGUCCUACAAAGCAAAAAUGAUCUAAAAAAUAUUCUAAAUGAACUAUUGUGUAUAGAAAGAUUUAAAGAGAGGGACAUUGAUCUACUUGAUUCAUAUUUAAUUAAGAAUGUUAAAGGAAGAACACUUGGAGAUGAGCUGCUGAUCCUUCUUUUUGAGGUAUAUCUGAAGGUGGUUGGAUUUGAUCUAUUAUUUGAGCAAUUGGCUAUUUCAAACGGAUUAUACGAAAAACACAAUAGUACUAUUUGUAGUCGUGAUGCUGUCCAUGGCUGUAGUGAUGAUAAAUGGAUAAAAUAUGAAGAUAAAAUAAUCAACAAGUCGGGAUUUAUUUGCGAAAGGGCCAGGACGGUUCUUUCAGAAAGGCAAGACUGCUCCAAAUUAAGCAUACUGGCCUAUAUCGCUUGCCUCAGCAUAAGUGAGCUGUACGAGGGGGAAUAUGAGGUGUAUUACAUACUAGACUAUAUCUUGAAGGAGAGAAUCAAGACUGUGGAAGUUGGUAGCAAUACAAUACACUGCAGUGCUAGUACGAGGUGCAAAGACAAGUCUAUAAAACUGAGAGAUGGUGUUAAAGUAGAGCAUGCUAACUGCAAAAUAAACAAAGAAGAUGGCUGCAAUGGAAUUAGCACUCAAUGCAAAGGGAAUAUGCACAGUAUAAUUGAUGAUAUAUCCAAAAUUAAUGCCAAAAGUAGUAAUUAUCCACAAGUUUGUUACCACAGCCAAGGAGAAGUCCAGACCCAAAGAGGUAAAGUGGCAAUAGGCUGGGCCAAGUACUGUAAAUAUACUUUCAAAGGGGUCUUAUUUGGUUUAAACUGUGAGUCUUUCUUUGAAAUAGAAAUGCUGUAUUUAAAUGAUAUUCGCUCUUUGAUUUCGGUGAUAACUGUCAAGAAGUCCCACAAAUUAUUAUAUGAAAGAUUAGACUUUAUUUUGAAGAACAAAAGCUAUUUUAAAUUCAACAGUCUGCUGGCCAACAGCCACAGCAAUAAUACCGGUAGUGUUUUUUACACCGAAAAGAUUUUGCUGAGAGUGGCCGAUGAAAACCUUACAAAGCAAUUCAUUAUUCAAACGCAGGUGCCUUUAAAAUGCUUUUUUAAAAUUUGCACAAGGAUGGACUUCAAUUUUAUGAAAUGCAUGAAUUUAUGCAUAGAAUACUUUGAGGAAGUGCCAGAUGAUGUUCUAAGCAGAGUGAUUGCCAGUGAAAGAUUCAGAGUAGAAACGUUCCAAGCAUUUAAAAAAAUAACAAAGACAAUAAUAGAUCGCAAAAUGGAGCUACCUCUAGACAAGCUACUAUCAAUCAAAGAGCAUUACCAUAGUGAUGGAAAUGCCAAAAAUAUUCAUAAUGGCUCCUUAAGAUUCAAUAACUGGAAGAUUGAGGUAAUCCAUAGAAUCAACUAUAUCCUCGACUUAGCAAGCAAUCAACAGCUAGCAUUGGACUCCAUAGCUCCCUUUCUCAAGAAGACAGUGUCCUGGGAUCAUCCUGAAAUAUCUCUCAAGCUAGUGUUCAGAAUUAAAAGCUACAAAAUUUUUAAAAUGUUUAUUAACAAGCUAAAGGCACAUGAUAAUGGACUAAAAGAUGGAUUGACUGGAAAUAAUACUAAAAGAACUAAGAAGAAUGGAAUACACUAUGUUCUAUUAUAA